CAUUGAAUAUCAUGAGGAGGGAAAUGGAGAAUAAAGCUACUAACAGAGUCCAUGUAUUGGCCAUUCCUUACCCAAGCCAAGGCCAUAUUAACCCAAUGCUCCAAUUCUCCAAGCGCUUAUCCUCCAAAGGACUCAAAGCAACCUUUGUCACCACCAUCUUCAUCUCCCAAACCAUGAAACCCGAGUUAAUCGGCUCCGAGAUCGAUUUCGACACUAUAUCGGAUGGCUGCGAUGAAGGUGGAUUCUCGGAAGCCAAGAGCGUGGGCGAUUACCUCGUACGGUUGCGAGAUGCCGGGUCAAGAACGUUAACCGAACUCGUCGUAAAAUACAGAAACUCACCCCAUCCCAUCGACUGCAUAAUCUAUGACGCUUUCCUUCCAUGGGCUCUCGAUGUUGCCAAGCAGUUUGGCAUCGUCGGGGCUGCUUUUUUCACGCAGGCAUGUGCCGUGGAUUACAUAUAUUACUAUGCUCACCAUGGGCUUUUGAGUCUUCCGGUUUCGUCAUCUGCGGUGCCGAUCACCAUCCCCGGUUUGCCGUUGCUUGAGCUUCGAGACAUGCCAUCGUUCAUCUACGUCGCUGGCUCGUAUCCGUCUUAUUUUGAGAUGGUGUUGAGUCAGUUCUCUAAUGCAGACCAAGCUGAUUUCAUUCUAGUCAACACCUUCUACAAGUUAGAACAAGAGGUUGUUGACUCGAUGUCGAAAGUGAUGACUCCGUCACUGUUAACGAUCGGACCGACAAUCCCCUCCAUGUAUUUAGAUCAAAGACUCAGAAACGACAACGAUUAUGACCUUAAUCUGUUCAAACUAGACUCCACCAGUACUCAUUGGCUGACCUCCAAGAAACCAAGAUCAGUCGUUUACGUCUCGUUUGGCAGCAUGGCCAACCUAUCCAUUGACCAAAUGGAAGAAUUGUCAAGGGGUUUAAAGCAAACGGGGUUUGAUUUCUUGUGGGUGGUUCGAUUAUCGGAGAUGGCCAAAGUCCCGGACUGGUUUGCCGAAGAAAUGGGUGAUAAAGCCUUGAUAGCUAACUGGAUUCCCCAAACCAAAGUGCUUGCACACGAGGCCGUGGGGUGCUUUUUCACGCAUUGUGGGUGGAACUCGACGAUCGAAGCUCUGUGUUUGGGUGUGCCGAUGGUGGCAAUGCCACAAUGGACAGACCAAACCACAGAUGCUAAGCUGGUUGAGGACGUAUGGAAGGUUGGGGUUCGAGUUGCGGUCGGAGAGGAUGGUAUUGUGAGCCGAGAUGAAAUUGAGGGUUGCAUUAGACAGGUUAUGGAAGGGGAGAAAGGGAAAGCAAUGAGAAAUGCUCAGAAAUGGAAGGAAUUGGCGGUUGAAGCAGUGUCUGAAGGUGGAAGUUCAGACAAGAACAUUGAUGUAUUUGUUUCUACAAUACUGGCACAAUGUAAAUAGGGUUAGUACUCUUAAAAUGGUAGAUCAGGAACUUCAUUCAUUCGAUAUAAGCGAUCAUAAAAUGGUAAUUCCGGAACUUUGUUCA